AAAAAAAAUAAGUUCGAGAUGGAUAAAAAAUUAUUAUUGUCGAUUGGAUUACUUUUCAUUGUGCUAAUCACACAAUAUGCAGAUUGUGCGCCAGCGGAAGCAGAUAAUGAUGAGUCAGAAUAUCUACAAGAUGACCAAGACAACUAUGACGAAAGCUAUGAUGAGAAGGAUGAUGAUAAGGAUAGGAAAAUAUCAUCAACGACUGAAACAAAUGAGAUCUAUAAAACAGAAAACUAUACAGAAAUUAUUGACACCGGAAAGAAUGUAAGGAUGGAAUGUAAAGGAGAAUUUGAUGAGAAUGCGAUAUUUUUGUGGUACAAUGGCACAAGAAUCAUUGCACAAGGUCAAGCAUUUCAAAUAACUGACAAAAGAAUUAAAUUCUCAAAGAAGGACGGCUCAUUGACAAUUGAAGGUGUUGAUAUGUAUGACAAUGCCAUCUAUAAAUGUAGAGCAUUCCACAAAAGUGAGCGGUUCGAGACAAAUGUUAAACUUAUUGUUAAUGGUCCACCAAAGAUGAUCAAAAUUGGACAUAACCGUGAUAACUCAUUUGUUGGUGGAAAAAAAUUGUUCUAUAAGGCAAGCGAGAAAGAUCUUAGAUUUAAAUGUACCGUACCAAAUGCACAACCUGAAGCUAAGAUCACAUGGAUCCAUAAUGGAAACGCAAUCCAAGAGUCAAAAGAUCGUGACAUCAAGUUCGUCGAGGAAAGCAUUUUUGAGAUUCGCGUAUUACAUGCUAGACAUGCUGGAGAGUAUGAAUGUGAAGCUACUAAUGAGUAUGGAUCUAUUAAGUCUAAGUUCAGCAUUGAUGUUCAAUUUGCACCAUUCUUCAGACCUCAUCACAACUUUUUCAAUGCAGAUAUUGGUAAUGACGUUGAAAUCUUCUGCACAUACAAAGCUUCACCAGCAGCAACAUCAGUCAAAUGGUUCAAAAAUGGAAAUCAAAUCCACGAAAAUGACAAAUUUGUAAUCAAAGCUGAUGAGAAAGACCAUCAUGACAGAACAAAGUUGUUGAUCAAAGAUGUCGAGCAGAAUGAUUUAGGAGUAUACUAUUGUGAAGUUCAGAAUUCAUUGGGUACGAAGAAAGAAAAUAUCACAUUAGAUUUAGUCCCAGCACCACCCAAAUUCGAGGCCUUUAAAUACAUUAAUAACUAUUUAUAUACUGAUUGGAUUGUAAAGAGUCAUCAAGAGCUUCAGAGCAUGAUUAUUUUAUACCGUAACAAUGAGAAUGGUUGGAGUCAGGCUGAAGCCAAAAUUACAAACCAAAAUCCAUUGAGAGCCGGUGAAUUUAAAGUACAAGGGUCAUUAUCACUUGAAGCUGGUGAGUGGACAAUCAUGGGUCGUGCAAAGAACAGUUAUGGAUGGUCAGACGAUGCAUAUGCACAGCAAACGACCAUUAAAAUUCCCAAAGAUACAACUGAGUCAGCUGAAAUGACAAGUUCGGCGUCAUCAAUUGUUUCAUCCAUUUGUGGUAGUCUAGUAGCUAUUUUAAUUACACGCUAUUUUGUUUAGGAUUUUAUUCAUUAAGGAUGCAAAACAUGUGGAGUUUAGUGGAUAGAAUUAUAAAGAAACAAAUUGAGGAGAAAAAAAAUCUUUUAAUAUUUAAUUAAAUCUUUCUU